AAAGGUAGAAGAAGAAGAAGAAUCGCGACGGCGAUUGUUUUUGUUUUUUGUUCGCGGAAAGUUCAGCAGAAAAAAUGGUGUUUUUUUGGAGCCAGAAGAGAAAUUCUCGUGAGCUGUGAAAAUCAGUUGCAACGGCUGUCCUCGCGCUCUGUGGAUUGUGGGUCAGAUGGGGUCAAAAGUGUGGUGAUUGGCGUGAAUUUUCCUUGACAAUCCGCGUGUGUGCGAAAAAGUGCUGCGACGGGAAUUACCUGCGCGCCAGAGGAGUCUAUUUCUGGCCAUUCGCAUUUGUGGGCAACCUAUUUUUCUCCCCAAGAGAGGUGUCAUGAGAUGAGCUUCCGUCCACUGUGGAUUACAUAAAGCCACCACCAAACCAAUCAAUGCAACAAAAUCAAUAAGGUGGAACGAGAGAGAGAAAGAAACUACAGGUGACGACAACGCAGCAGUGCCCGAGAUUGUGGCCAAGAAGGAAGUCAGAAAGAAAUUGCGUUGACAUGGCUCUCACGGCAUCCCUCAGACGUACCUUGAUCGCUCUCUUUGCACUCAUGACAUUCAUCCUUAUGGUGUUUUACUGGAAUCAAGAUGUUCUCAAGCCGGCAUCAUAUCUAAGCAAUUUUGAUCGCUUCGUGAGAACCAAGUUAGUGCCUGAACGUGAAAAAAUUUUCAUCUCGGAGAAGACAUGGACGUACAAAUGCGUGAAUGAUCGAUGUAUUCGAGAGCACUACCUCACGCAGCAUCAUCAUGAGAAGCGAAUCCCCUUCCUUACGUGCUCAAUGACGUGCGGUGCUCCAAAUAUAUGGCCCGAACCAACGGGAAAGGUGACACUGGGCAGUAAAUCUCUUACCUUUUCCACGGGGUGUGUGAAAGCGCGCAUUGAGACGCCGUUUGAGAAGGUGGAAAAUCUCUUUCGCGAUGCAUUUGUCGUUUUUAUGGAUGAUAUGCGAUUAAUUGAGAGCCUAGACAGGGAUGACAAGGUGUCCCAUGAGGGUGAAAGUCACACCGGUGGUGCUGAGGGUAGUAAUGAUGUGGCAACAAGUGUACCAUCAAAACGUCCCGAGGAGAGUCGCUGCAAACCCGAUCAUCCAUGUGAUAUUGACCAUUUUGAAAUUGUUGUAAAUAUACACAAAUUCCCCGACAUCUACCUCCGUUCAGACACCGACGAGAGCUACAACAUCACCCUCACGUUAGACAAUCGACGUAUUAGUGCAAAGAUCAUUGCAAGGAGUUUCUUUGGGGCUCGCAAUGCCCUCGCGACCCUCCAGCAGAUGAUCUGGUAUGAUGAUGAGGAUAGAUUGUUGAGAAUCGUUGGACGGGCAUAUGUGGAGGAUGCCCCAAAAUUCGGAUAUCGAGGCCUUAUGUUGGACACAUCGCGUCACUACUUUUCCGUGGAUGCAAUCAAGAGAACCCUCUCGGGGAUGGCUCUGAGUAAGCUCAAUCGCUUCCACUGGCACAUGACGGACAGCCAGAGUUUCCCUUUUGUGUCACGCCACUACCCACAGCUGGCGGCACACGGGGCAUACUCCAAUCACGAAGUGUACACGACAGAAGAUGUGCGGGAUGUUGUGGAAUUUGCACGCGUACGGGGUAUUCAGGUGCUACCGGAGAUUGAUGCCCCAGCACAUGCGGGCAAUGGGUGGGAUUGGGGCCCGAAGCAUGGGCUUGGGGAGCUAAGUUUGUGCAUUAAUCAGCAACCGUGGAGUUUUUACUGUGGCGAACCGCCGUGUGGGCAACUCAAUCCCAAGAACAACAACACCUACAUGAUUCUGCAGAAACUCUACGCGGAACUCCUUGAGCUCACGGGGCCAACGGAUUUCUUCCACUUAGGUGGCGAUGAGGUGAACCUGGAGUGUUGGAGUCAAUUUUUCAAUGACACCGAUCUCAAGGGGCUGUGGUGCGAAUUUAUGCUGCAGGCAUUCCAGAGAUUGCGCCAAGCUAAUGGGGGCAUUGCUCCAAAAAUGUCAGUGGUAUGGUCGAGUGGGCUCACGAGUUCGCCGUGCCUGUCGAAGAAUACGUUCGCGGUGCAAGUUUGGGGUGGGAGCACGUGGCAGGAAAACUUUGAACUCAUUGAGAAUGGCUUCAAUCUCAUUAUCUCUCACGUGGAUGCGUGGUACUUGGAUUGUGGCUUUGGCAGUUGGCGAUCAACGGGUGAGGGUGCCUGUUCACCCUAUCGCACAUGGCAGAAUAUCUACAAGCAUCGUCCGUGGUAUCGUAUGCGACUCACACCAAUGCAAACCAAGCAGAUUCUGGGAGGAGAGGUUUGCCUGUGGACAGAGCAAGUGGAUGAAUCAACGCUGGACUCGAGAGUUUGGCCACGAGCAGCAGCGCUCGCGGAAAGAUUGUGGACGGACCCAGAUGAUGAGCAUGAUUUCGAUGCAGUCCACAAGGAUGUGUUCAGUAGAUUUUCCGUAUUCCGGAAUCGACUUGUUCAGCUGGGUAUAAAGGCUGAGGCAAUAUUUCCCAAAUACUGUGCCCAAAAUCAGGAUGAAUGUGUCUGACUGUUGAGAUGAAAUUUCUUUUGUAAUAAUGAUGCUGUUAAGUAAUGUUUAAUAGUUCUCCCCCAAAAGUUGUAUUGUCCUCAUUUAGAGAGGAUAGCAGGAGGAAAAUUUAAUUGUAUAAUUAUUGUGAUUAGUACCACUUAGAGCUUUUUUUUAUAUAUAUAAAAUUAAUUAAUUAUAAAUUAUUCUAUAUUACGUCGAAAGAACAAAUAAAAAAAAUGAUGACAAAUUGAGAGAAGAUUGUAAAAAGAAAAAUGAACGUUUUACGUAAAAAAGAAACAUAAGAAUACGGCUAUUAAUGAGAAAAUAUUAUAUUGUAGAAACAUUGUGACAAAGUUAGUAAACAAAUUGAUAUUAAGAUGAGGUUUUUUCGGUCUUUUAUAGGAUAGAUUAAUUGCUCCUUCACGAAAAUUUUACUUUUAAAACUUCAUUACCCGCGUGCAAAUUCAACUAUAUAUCUCUGUCAAAGUUGGGUGGGAAAUUAAAUUAAAUGGCAUUUCCUCUUUUAAUUUUUCUUAAACGGAGUUAAAAUGUUAAAAAAUUAAACUUUUUUUGGAGAGAAAAAUAAAAUUUUAUAAAGUCUUUUAAUGGAGAAAAAAAUCCAAUUAAUUAAUAUUCCUUUUCAAACGAUUACGUAUUAAUGUUGUAAGUUAUGUUUUAUGAUUUAAUUGCUUUACAUAGUAUUUCUUGCCGCGAUUUGUACAUACAUUGAUUGCUAUUUAUAUAUAGUUGACUGCAAAGUAAUAUUAGCUCUGAAUUUAUUGACUCUUUAUACUAUUAAACUAACCCGAAUUGUGAUUGUUAAAAUACUUAUAAACAUGCUGAAGAAAUGCGUGGCGAACGUUUGACUUAAAUUCUAUAAUAAUAAAACAAUUUAGCUUGAGUAUAAAUAAAUAGUUAAUUAGUCCACAAAACAAUUAAUUAACAAACAAAGAAAAACGUGAAAUAAAGAUUUUGAGAAGGUUUCAAUAUUGAUUGACAUAGUUAAUGGUUCAAUGAGACAAAAAAAUCUCCGCAUUCCAUUUGUCCUAAUAAAAUACCUUUUACAUGCGACAUUAAUAUACCAAAAGAGGCUUUUUUUUACUUUAAUAAAACACGAACAAAACUUUCUACUAACUAUUAUUUUUUUCUCUGUGGAGUGAUCACAACUUUCUUUCAUGAGAUGUUUAACGAAAAAUCUUCUUUUUUAAAUCAAAUAAAUUUAAAGAAUUUUCACCAUUUUAGCACAAUAUAGAAAUAUCAUUUAACGUGGAAACUUUCAAGUAUAUUUUACAUGGUUUCUUUUCUCCAACAUGUUCUUCUCCUUCCAUUUGGGGGUGGGAAACUAUCGCUGCAAAAAAAGUAUUUCUCUCGUGCAAAUUACAAACUUGGCACAAAGUUAAUAAACAAGCAUUUGUGAUUGUCUCCCAUGGACGCCAAGUAUCGCGUACGCGAGUAAUCCCAAAUUUAUCGACAAAGAUUGUUGAAUGCAAAAGAACUAAAAACUUUUCAUUAAAUGCAGAAAAAUAUAUAGAUUUUGGAGCAAAAGCUAGAAAGUUUGUAAAAGUUCAAUGAGAAAAAAUUAAGAAGAAUUUUCAAUUAAGAAAUUUUCUUCAUCUACAGGUAUUUAACCACUAAAUAUUCUUUAAUUUUAUAUUUUUUUGUGAAUAAUGGGUUGUAGUCAGCUACAAAAAAAAUCCUUGAAAUUUCAGAACAAAUUUUAACGAUUUCAAGGAUUUUCUCUACAUUUUUUAUUUUAAAAAAAUCUGAAAUAUUUUAUAAUACUUAAAAGAUGUUUUUGAGUGAAAAAAAAAAUCAUUCAAAAUACAUUAAAAAUUGAUUUUAUUAAAAAUGAACAACUUUACUGCACUCUCCCCUAAAGAUUACACUACCAACCAAAAGUUUCUAAAUGAAUAAAAAUUUUGUAUUUUUAGGGCAACUUUCCAGGCAGUGAUUAUAUCUCAGGCUGUAGUUAACCGAUUUUCAAAACUCCGUCAGUUUUGGAAAAGUACAUUUCUCACCUUUCCAAAAAAGGUAGAUUUUUAGUAAUCGGUCGAGCCGUUAUUUUUCAGCAGCCAUUUUGGUUAGCCUAUGUAAAAAAGGAUUUUUCAAUUUUUGACAAAUUUUCACUUUUCACGGCCGCUAGUGCACCGAUUUUAAUAAAUAAGACUAUCGUUGAAAAGGUAAUUUAAUUCCCUUUCCAAAUCUGAUAAAUUUUUGAAAAACUAUCAAGCGGUUCGUUCACACUACGGUCAUUUUAGUGGAUCAAUAGUAAAAAAUUACAUUUUUGAGUAUAUUUCAGGCUGUGACUGAACGAUUUGAACAAAUUUAGAUUAAAAUGAUAACUACACAUGCUCUCUAAUUUAAAAAAAAAAUAAAAUAAAAAGAAACAAUAUUUAGCUAAAUCUAUCAAGUUAGUUCUCUUGUAAUGCAAGUUUUGGAAAGCUCUGACCUCUUUUUGUGUUAAAUUUUGCUACAUGAAUUGAUUUUGGGAAAUCAGUUGACAAGGUAGAAAUAAAGUCACAAAAAUUUUUCCUUAACCGUUGGUGGAUCGAGGUUUCUAACCUCACUUUGACCUUAAUUUUCUCUCAAAAAGAAAAUGUUUUCCGUGUUUUCUUUCGACGAAGUUUUGAGUAAUUGAAUUUUCAUACAAACAACAUUUAAUUCUGUGGCGAUUGAAAAAAUCGAAUUGGCCACGGUGGCUAGCAAAAUCCUCCAAUGGUUAAAAAAUCAGCUCUUUUGGUUACCCAGAAACUUUUUAAUGAUAGUGUAAGUUAUUUUCUUAUUCAAGAAUUUUUUUUCAGUUUAAACCAUCUUUCUUCAAUGAAUAUUCAUCUCGAUUUAUUUAAUAUUUGAUUGAUCACUUCAGAGAAAACUCUGCAAUUCUUUUUUUUCUUUUGAAUUUUCAUGCUAUUUGACUCAAUUGGUGCUUCGGCGAAGAGGUGAAAGAGAUUAAAAAAUAAAACAUUAGAAGUAGGAUUAGUUUACAAUUCCUUCUCAUUUACGAGAACAAUACAGAAAAUGCAUGCGAAAGGUAUUUUUUGUUGUUUAAAUUCAUUAACAAGAUCACUCAAAAUGCUCUUUAGAACAUCGAACAAUAUAAAAAAAAAAUUCUUGCAAUGGUGUGGUGUCAUGUGAUAGAGGAGACUGAACAGAAAUUGAUUAGAGAGACGUGCGCGAGAUUUACUUACACAAAAAAAAUGGAAUGAGGUGGAAUGUUUGACUUUUUUUUGCAGAAUAACGAUGAUUCGAAUGAGAAGUAAAUAAAUGCUGGGUGCAGGCGUGUGCAAUGUGACGCCCAAUUUUAAUGAAUAGUUCUUUGUAGGAAUACAGGUGAUUUAAAGUGUGACCUUAAAGUAGAGAAAGAGAGAAGGAGGUAGGGGAGGAUUGAGAAGAAGAAAAAAAUAAUGUAGAAAAGUUGAGGCGUGUUUUCUCAAAAACUAUUAAAAGAAAAAAGAAUAAUUAGAAAAUUUUUGUAUUGUAAAAAAUAUUAAUAAACAAAACUAUAAUAUCCAUCUAAUAAUGGUGUAGUUUCCCGGUAUGUAUUAGUUUUCAGCAUUAAAUUGUUUAAAUUCUAAACCUUAAACUUUUCGUGUAAAAUGACAGAAAGGGGUUUUUUUCUUGUGUAGGCGCAAUAUAUAGAGUUAAGAGAGAAAUAGCUUAAUUGUACAAUAAAUAUGUUUUUACCAGUAUAUAAUCAUGAUAAUUGCAAUUUUUGGCGCUUCUGUAGUUUAGCUUUAGGAUAAAAAUGGUUUAAGUGUGAUUCUUGUUAAAUAAAAUUAAAUUGUAAAAAAAAAAAUUAAUAAGUCUUUAUGGGAAUUUAGUUCUUAUAAUCAAUUUUAGAAAAAGAUGUUUUAAUAUUUUUUAGAAUAAUACAUAGAAACAUUAUGUAAUUUAGUAGGAAUUUGUUAAUUUUUUUGCUAAGAAAAAAAAAGAACUUUUAUGUACCUCAGAAGCGAAAUGCAAAAAAGGUGGUAGAGAGUUAGUGAGAAGAAGAAGAAUAUAGGGUAAAUAACACUGAAGGAAAUAAUGUGGAUAAGAGUGAUGGAUUCAAUAAAAAAGGACAUUAAUUGAA